UUGUUUUUUUUGUUGUGCGCGUGGUUGUGCUUUCCGAUAACAAACCGGCGUUUGGUGGACGCAGUUUGUUACAUUGCCGGAACGUGAUGGAAGACCCAACGAGUAGUACGCAAAGUGACGACUCAGCAGAAACGAUUCACAUUCGCGAGGAUAACAGUUGUUCCACACAUUGUUGCGCGUGUCGCCAGGAUCUGCAAACGGUCGAUGCGCUGCAGGAACAUUUACUGAAGGUGCACCUACCGGAGAGCCGCGAUAAUCCGGCCAAACCUUACCAGUGCGACCGAUGUUUCCGGCGGUACUUCAACAAGUACACGCUGAAGCGACACAAACAGCUCGCCGUCAUACUACUGACGCCACGGCCUGCUGAGGAACCGCUGUCCAGUGAGGAUUUCUUUCGGUGCUGUGGCUGCCGGCAGGAUUUCUCUUCGGCCGACGACCUGAAGCGCCACUCGGAGGAGACGCAUCUCAAGAGCCACCAGCAACAGCCAGCGGAUGAGCUACAGCGACCGUUCCAGUGCCCGGUGUGCUUUAAGCGCUUUGUCUCGCAACCUUCGCUGCGGCGCCACCGGAAGGAUCGUUUCUCCAACCGUCGCACCUACCAGGAUCGCAAAGUGUCGGCCACCCGGUGCUGUGGCUGUGGCGAACAGUUCGACAGUUUGCAGCAGCUUCAAGAGCACUCGCAAUCCGUACAUGAGCCGGAUCGUAUGGUGCUCGGUACCGGUGAGGUGUCCGUGAGGUGCACCAUCGAAUGCACCGUUUGCUACAAUCGAUUCUCCAGCCAUGCCGUCUACCAGCGCCACAGGUUGCUGCUUGACGCAGAGCAAUUGCGCCACUGUCCGGAGUGCGCUAAACCAUUCCUCCAGCUACGGCUCUUACGGGCCCAUGUCCGUCGAUUUCAUCCCGCUCUCCGCAGUCACCAACAGCAACCGUCCGAGGUGGCGGCUGGUCAGCAGUUAGCGUCCAGCGAGGGCAACUACCUGUGCACUGUUUGUGGACGAGCGUUUCUCACCAAGAGCACGCUCGAUAAUCACGAGAAGGUGCACGAUCCGCACCCCGAGCAGUUCCGGUGUACGGUUUGUGAGAAGCGAUUCUCGAGUAAAGGCAACCUGCACAACCAUAGGGUACGGUUCCACACCGGUACGACACCCGGUGGUAACCGACGGCAGCAAGCACCACCGUGCGUAUGUGCUGUUUGUGGGGAAUCUUUCAAAACGCCCAACUAUCUCGAAACCCACGCACGCCGGCAUACGGGUGAAAAGCCGUUCCAGUGCAAGGACUGCGGUAAACGAUUUGCGCAUUCGUCGGCCCACCAGAGACACCGGCAGGUCCACGAUACGGCGCGGCCCACGUUUUGCUGUGAACGGUGCGGCAAAACGUUCACCUCCCAGUCCGGGCUGUUGAUUCACGAGAAAAGCCAUUCCACCGAUGCGGCCACUGUGCGCGUGGUUUGUGAUGUUUGCGGUAAAACGUUCCUGGAUGCACGGUACAUGAGGAAGCACCGAAAGCUACAACAUGGAGACAGGGGAAAGGAGAAGAACGGAGCGCGAAUCCAAGUAGCCGACGGCACAACUGUUCCUGCGACUAACACCAUUCCGUUACCCAGCAUCCAAGAGUGCUGAGAAGGAUUAUUCAAAUCGAAUCCGGGCUUCUAGAUUUCUCACCACAGCUCGCGAGCUCACACUCGGUCUCACUCGGUCGCACUCAUCUCAUCCCC